AGCUCGCAUCGACUUCAGCAAGUUGAGGAAAAUAGAAAGCGGUUAAAACCUAUCGUCGAAACCAUUUUGUUACUGGGCAGGCAGAACAUAGCUUUUCGGGGACAUAGGGACCACGGGCACGGAAUUAUUGAAGAAGCAAAACCUUUGGUCAACGAAGGCAAUUUUAGAGAACUUCUAAGGUACAGAGUUGCUGGUGGCGAUACUGCGCUGAAAUGUCAUCUAGAGAAUGCAGCGGCCAACGCAACAUACAUCAGUAAAACUGUUCAAAACCAGUUAAUUUACUGUUGCGCAGAGGAAAUUAAAAGUGUCAUUCUCGAAAGAGUAAAAAAGGCCAAAUAUUACUGUGUAAUAUUCGACGAAACGACUGACAUUUCAAACUCUUCACAAUUGUCGUUGUGUGUGGCAUAUGUGCAUGACAACAAAAGACGUGAGGAUUUUAUUGUUUUUUGCGAUGUGCAUGAAAGUUGUUUUGAAGGCGUGUCAGCGGAUUUUGAACCAAAAGUAAAUGGAAGAGUACUUGGUCAACUGGUGAUCACAGAAAUGAAACGACUAAAUUUGAAUUUGUCGCACUGUGUGGGUGUUGGAACAGACGGAUGUUCAUUAAUGGUUUCACAACAAAAAGGAGCAGUAGCUGAAAUAAAAAAGGUGGCGGUCAACGCAACAAGGUGUCCGUGCUUCAACCACGCACUCAACUUAUCAAUGUCGAAGACAUCUUCUGUAUCAAGCGUUAGAAACUCAAUUGGAAAAAUCAAGGAAGUUAUUGCUUUCUUCAACGCUUCUGCUAAACGAAAGUACGUGUUAUUAAACGUGGCCAAAGCUAAAUUAAUUGGGAUGUGCGAAACCAGAUGGGUGGAGAGAUCAGAAUCUUUGAAGCAGUUUGUUGGUCAGCUGGUCAACAUACUAAAGGCCUUGGAAUAUAUAUCUCGCUGGGAUGAUGCGAAAACAUCGUUUAAAGCUAAAGCACUAAUAACGUCAAUUAAAAAUGUUGAAUUUGUGAUUACUUUGUACAGCCAACUAUCCGUAUUUGCGUUAUGUCUUCCUCUUAGCAGGUUGUUUCAGAAGAAAAGUCUAGAUUUUUGUGACGCUGCUACACAUGUUGCAGAUCUAAAAUCUAUCUUACAAGCACGAAGAGAAAACUGUGAAGAAGAAUUCUCGCGGAUAUAUAAAAGUGCAGAGGAAGUGUUGUCCGAACUGGAGAUUACAAUCGAUCUGCCCAGAAUUACUGGCCGACAAAUAUUUAGAGCAAAUGUAAAAUGCACAUCCACCGAGGAAUACUACAGAAGGAUUAUUUACAAUCCUAUGUUAGAUUCGAUAAUUCAGGACCUUGGAAACAGAUUUUCAUCAUCAACUUUGUCAUCGUGUCAUUUAACUUCAUUAUUGCCAAGAAAUUGUUUGAAGAUGGAUACAAAGGAAUUGUCAAAAAUUAUUUAUGAAGAGUAUGAGGGUCUCCUUCCGAAUACAACAAAUUUAGAGACUGCUCUUCAUUCGGAAAUAAUGUUGUGGAAAGAAAAGUGGCGACGUUCUGCUGAAACGGCCCAAGUUUUCCCAAUAACAUUGAAAGAAGCUUUAGAACAGUGUGAUGAAAAUGUGUAUAUGCUCGUUCACUUGCUUCUAAAAAUCUUGUUCACUCUACCUAUCAGUGUUGCCUCAGCAGAAAGGAGUUUUUCAUCGUUGCGAUCGCUCAAAACCUGGUUAAGAAGCAAUAUGGGCGAGGAAAGGCUCAGUGGUCUAGCUCUAAUGCACCAGCACAGAGAUAUUGUUAUGGAUCCAGAUGCUAUUAUUAACCGUUUUGCAAACAGUAAAAACCGCAGAUUGGAUUUUGUAGUGUAGGCUAAGUAUUUUGGCGUCUAUUUCGCUCGAUUAUGACCUUUCUUGUACAUUAUUGUUGUGUGUGUUUUCGGCGCUAAAAAUACAUAACUUUUGUCUGUUAAAGGUUUUCGAGUUUUUAGUAACAAAAUCGCCCCCCCUAAAGCAAAUGUCUGGAUCCGCCCCUGACUAGAAGUGCCGUCAUGCUCCA